GACAGAAGUCCUCAUCUUUUGCUUGCAUGAAAUGUUUUUCUGCAGCCCAUGAAGGCUCCCUCGAGGAUGUAAACGACAAACUGCACAUACGAAGGAUCACACCAGAACAAAGAAAGGAUAUUAUCAAGCAUGAAGAUGAUGGAAUAAGUCAUGAAGAUUGCAAUGAAGAAAAUAAUUCAUGGAUUUCUGUCUGCGAAGAUUUGUCCAUAGCAGCAAAUGAUCUCCUUUUAAGUUCAUCGUCUGGAGGAAAACGUUUCAUCAAAAAUUCAGAGGAGUUCACUGGACUACCACUAGGAGAGAAAUUUAAUCAAACACAGCAGCAUGAGAAGAAUUCCAAUGAAGAUUCAUAUGGGCAUGAAGUGAAUGAGAAUAACAGAGAAAAAUUGCCAGCAUGUGGCAACAGCCAUAAUGUACAGGAGGAUUUCACCUCACACCAUGCUUCAGUGACUAAGACAGUCUCAAAUUGCCAGUUAUUGGCUGAAAAGUCAUUCAAAAGUAUCACAUCAUCACAGUGCCGUGUCUCAGACGCAACUUCAACUAAAGAACCAGAAUCAGAAGUUGAUAAUACUAAAUCAAGAUAUUGUCUGCGCAAGUCCAAAUUUUGCCCAUUUCCAGUCAUGCCAACUCUGCCAGAAGAAGAUGAGGAAUCAGCAGAGGAGCUUGGAGACUCUCCGACUAAUCAUCCCAAAAGGAGCAGUGCACCUUCCAUUGUCUUCCACAAGGAAACUUUCCCUGUUGACCAGGAGUUUACCAAACUGUCAGAGAACAGACCUCAUAGUCCCAGCAUGCGACACUGGCAUUCAAGAAGCUCAUUAUCAAGUCCAGUUACUACAGUUGACAAUGCAGGCAACGUUAUUGAUCUGAUAAAUGAUAAAUUGCCAGAUGUUGAGCUAUCAGAUGAAGAUAAAAAAAAAAAUUUGGAACUGCUGGAAGAAGCAAAAAAAGCCAGUGAACAUUUUUCAAUGCGCAGAGGUCGACGUUCAACAUGCAGCAUCUCAGACUCACCAACAGUUAUCUCUCCAGCAACUACUCCAAGAUCAUCUCCUGUGCCUUCCAGAAGUAGCUCCCUUACUAUAACACCCCAGCUAGAUGGAGCUACAGCCAUUUUAGGUGGAAGCUCUACUACACCUCAGUUGCUUUUGGAUGUCCCAGGAGCCAAAGAAACUGCUGAUAACAAAAAUGUGGAGUUCAAGAACUCUAGGAAAGGCCUUGUGGAUCAGAAAGGUAAUGAUCAAAAGAAAGCUGCUCAACAAAAAGCAACAAUGCCUUGUUUUGCCUCCUUUGGCAGUUCAAAUGAAAUGUCUUUGCAAAAGGAAAACUGGGAUCCACUACUGGUUUCUUCUAAAUCUUCAAACAAUUAUACUGAAACUAAAAAAGGAAGCUUUGCACAAAACCAAAAAUCUCAAGAAAAUGUACUUGUUAAGGCUACAGCUAAGAGCUUAUUGGAAUACAAUGAACCCACUAGCAGAAUACCUCAAACAUCUGGGUUUUGCCAAAGCAAUACAAAUUACAGUUCAAAGACUUCUACUGUGAAUCCGCUUGACACAACAGGAGAAUGCAUUGCCGAAGUAAGAUCCUUUGGAGCUUGUCCACCUAUCAUGAGGGCUGUUUCUUGGGAUAAUGUUGAACAGGCAACAGUAAUAAACAGAGCUCCUAGUUCACCCACCAAGACAAAUGAAAGCUUUGGUUUACCUGACAUAACAAGUAGCCAGCUCCUGAAUUCAUCAGGAUACAAAGACUUCCCAAUUCAACCCAUGAAAAAGCAAAAACUAGCCAAACUUCGAGAGGAACAUAAGUUAAUGCGAAACCAAAGUCUGGCUGGAUCAAAGCUUCCAGAUCUCAGUGAGACAGCUGAACAUGAAGGAGGACCCUCUUCUCAGUCAUUUCCUUGUCAAACCUCAGAAGAGCACCCAACAGGAAGCAGAGAUGUGAUGCCAAAUAUUUCUGACAUAAUGCUGCACAAACUCAAACUUCACAAACCUCCUGGCAGUUCUCCUUUACUCUCAGAAAAAGAAGUUGAGACUGCCUUUGUACAGCUCUCUUUAGCAUUUCGUAAUGACAGCUACACUCUGGAAACAAGACUUAAACUGAUGGAGCGAGAAAGAAACGUGACAGAAGAGAAUACUGAAAAGGAGCUAGAGGAGUUUAAAGGAGCCCUUAAGAGCACUGUCAUUCAAUUGCAAACCUUAGAACAGCGAGAAUCAUAUCAAAGGCUCAUGGAGACAAUAGCAGUACUUCAUCGUCUGGCCACCAGGCUCUCCAGUCGUGCAGAAAUGGUCGGUGCUGUUCGGCAGGAAAAGCGUAUGUCAAAGGCAACUGAAGUCAUGAUGCAGUAUGUAGAAAACUUGAAAAGAACAUAUGAAAAAGACCAUGCUGAGCUCAUUGAGUUUAAAAAACUUGCAAAUCAGAAUACAAAUCGCAGCUAUAGCGGUUCCAUUGAUGGUGGAGAUGAUGGAAUUCCCAGAACUGCAAGAUCUAUGUCUUUAACACUAGGAAAGGCCUUACCUCGACGAAGAGUCAGUGUUGCAGUGGUUCCUAAAUUCAAUAUGCUGAAUAUUCCUGUGCAGCCUACUUCGGUUAACACAAUCCCUUCAUUAUCACCUCUGUAUGAAACAUCACCUGGAAAAAGUAUAGGACCCACAAGCCAAGUAUCUGCACCAUUACAUGAAAAUGGAAAACCAAGCGAGCAUCAAGAAGUGGAUAAUUUCUCUUCCUCUUCAUCAUCAAAGAAUCAGGAAGACAUCCCAUUAGAAAUAAAGGCAAAGAUUGAAGAUGAUGCGUACAAUAAGGGGUACCAAGAUGGUUUGAAACGAAGCAAAGAGAUGGAGGAAGUGAAAGAUGAAGAGGACAAACAAUAUGAGACUCAAAGAGAUUUAGAAGAAAACAAAAAUAAAAUGGAAGCCAACAAGGAACAGAUAAAGAACAGGAAAUUCGAGGAUGCUUUGGGAUUCAUUAAUAAAUUAUUUCCAAAGGUUUUCCAACAGCAGCAGCUGUUGUGGAUAUCUAUUGUAGUUGUAGUGGUGUUAGUUCUCAUGGGCGGAAUUUUCACAUCUUUUAACAAAUCCUGUACUGACGUUUCAGGCAAGUCCACUGAGGAAAGUGUGUGCAAUGGAGAAAAGUCAUAUUUCAGUUGGAACAGCUGACUUUAGGUCAAGGAAUAAAGUAGUGAUAAAAGCUAUGGGUAGGAUAUUCAGGUUUAUUUUGACAACUAACAUUUCAUUAUGAAUUCUACAUUUGUAGUAACAAUUUAACCAGUCAUAAAUUUAGAAUAUUUUUUUAUCAAACUAGUGGCAUUGUUAUGUAAAAUAUAAUAACCAUUUAAGGAAAGUUUAUUUUCUUUGACUAUGAAACAUUUAUAAAUAAGUCAAUCAUUUUUCAGUAUCUUUGCAUUCCAUGAAUUUCAUUGUGAACAUCUGUAGCAAAGGUUAUUCAAUAUACUUGAGGCCAGAUUGGUCAAGCUAUAUGCAGUACAGGGGAAUGCAAAUAAUUUGAGUUUAAUUUAUUCACUGCACUGCUGUAGCCUUAUUACUUGUAACAAACUAUAAAGACAUCAAAAAGGCAGAAAUGGCUCAAUUAGCAGACAGAAAUGAUGGCUUAUAUUCUUAGGGACUAAUUUAUAAAGUGAUCACAUGCUCAAAUUUAUGAAUAGAUUUGCUGAUAUCCACAAAAAUUAUAUUUUUUCAUCAUAUGGCAUUUUCUGUGUUGCAAACUCAGAGAAGUAUACUUUAAUAUUUGUCUUAGUUUGCCACUUGGUAUAUAUACUUGUGCAAGUCACGUUACCUGUCAAAGUUAGGUAAUAGAAUCAAUUUUAAAAUACUUGAUGUUUCUUGCCCUACAUAAACCUCCAAGUCCUUUCCCCUCUUGCUGCUCCUUCUGCUGGUACUUUCCCAUAAAGCCUUCCUCUCAAAUUUCGUUAUUUUGGGACGCUUUGCUCACCUCCCAUGUGCUUUUAUACCUCUUGUCUUUAAAAAGUGAUAUGCCCUCUACUCCUUUACUUCCCCUCAUGUAUCACACUUAUACUUUUUUCCAUCAUGUUGACCAAUCAGAAGAAAAGAAAAACUGGCCAAUCAGAUUGGUAUGAGAGACCAAACAUGCUGACUUUACCAUUUUAUUUAUAAUAAAUAUAUUAUAUGUAUAUAUAUAUAUAUAUAUAUACACUAGGAGGCUUUACCCCAUGCUCGCUUCGCUCGCCAACCUCCGGGCUGGUGCUAUGCGCUAGCCACAUUGCAGUUCAGCCGCUCAUGUACGGGAAUGCGGAUGUACAAUUUAAACAGAUUGUUAUUUUCAUGGGAAUUGCUACAUAUGCAUAGUAGCUCUAAUUAAU